AUGGAAGAGACGUAUCUGCUUAACCAUCCUGGAGUAAAAAAGAAGAUUUUGCAUGGAGGUCAAGGACCAAUGCCGCAUUUUCCCAAUGGAACUAAGCUGGUGUUCCACUUCCAGACUCUGUUGGACAACUUUGAAAGAACAGUGAUUGACGACAGUCGCAAAAAUAAGCGUCCCACAGAGAUUUUUGUGGGGAAGAUGUUCAAGAUGGAGGUGUGGGAGGUGCUGUUAACCUCUAUGAGGAUCGGAGAGGUGGCAGAGUUUUGGUGUGAUGCCGUUCACACAGGGCUUUAUCCCAUUGUGGCGAAGGGUAUGCGUCUGGCUGCUCAGGGAAAGGACCCUCUGGAGGGCCAGAAGCACAUGUGUGGCAUGGGAAAUGUGUUUACCUACCAUUCGACAGGCUUCCCAGAGCUCGAUGAGCUAAUGAGGACACCUCAGCCUCUAAUCUUCAUCAUGGAGCUAAUCUCGGUGGGCGACCCAUUCUCUUACCAGCGGGAGUCGUGGAUGAUGGAGAAGGAUGAGAAGCUAAAGGUUGUGCCCUCUUUGCAUUACUUGGGCAAUGCUCUGGUCAAACAAGGUCGCUUUCGUGAAGCUGCAGAGAAGUACCAGGAGGCAGUGGUUCUGCUGCGUACAGUCCAAUCCAGGGAAAUGCCAGGAGACGAAGACUACAUUAAUCUGGGCAGGCUUAUUAUUCCUCUAGUACUGAACUACUGCCAGUGCAUGUUAGAGCUGGAGGAGUAUUACGAGGUCAUCGAACAUGCGACAGAGCUCCUGGACAAGCAUAAAGACUGUGUCAAGGCCUACUACAAGCGAGCAAAGGCCUAUGCGGCUGUGUGGAGUGAACGGGAGGCCAGGAGAGACUUCCAGAUGGUGGCCAACCUGGACAUCACCCUGUCUAGGUUGGUGCACAGAGAACUAAAUCUUCUCUCUGAGAGAAUGAAGGAAAAAUACAGUGAGGAUAAAGAAAGGUACUGGAACAUCCUAGAGGGCAAGGAAGAAAAAGAAAGGGAUUCAGAGGAAGAGGACAUCUCUGCAAUGAAUACAAAAGAAGAAAGCAAUGGGGAACAUUCUCACUCUCCUGAAGAGGUCAAGGAUGCCGAGCAGGGAAAGGAUUCAUCUGUGGCUGAGGAAAAUAAGCAUGACACCAAAAGUGAAGAGUCUGCAGUAGAGGCCAAUCACAGGAUAACAGCUCUGACCGAAGGCAAGGACUGGCAGCAGAUGCUACGGCUAAUUAUGCUGCUCCAGGAUGAAGGCAAUUUCAAUGUGAAAGAGCACCACUACACUGAGGCGGCUGCCAAGUUCAAGGAGGCACUGGAGUAUGUAGAUCAUCUCCAAACUAAGGUGGAACAUAAAGGAGAAGACUGGGAAUCUCUGGAGAAAGUCCGUCUGCCACUCUGUCUAAACCUCAGUCAGUGUAAGCUGGAGCUUGGGGAGUACGAAGAAGUGGUGGAGCUCAACUCUAAACUGCUGAAGAAACAUAAAGCUGCCACAUCUUGA